AUGUCGACGGAAAAACAGCCUCUCAUUGAGUGGGUCACACAACUCAACGAUACUCUGUUCAUUCAACCCAACGACGAUAUCGCUUUGAAGGCCUUGGAUGAGCAGGUUGAUCAAAGCUUUGUUACCAAGAUCAACCACAAUGUGUACACCUACGACCAGGUCAAGGCCGGUCUCCAGUAUGCCCGCACUUCUUAUAUAUCGAUCCAGGACACAUUCUCUGAGAUACUUUCAUGGGAGAAUCCAAAGAAAGGAGAUGUUGUGGUGGCAGUUCUAAGCAAAUGGAGAACCAAGGAUAGGGCCACGGGUGAGGAGACCAAGAAGACUAACCUAAGAUUCUACAACGACUGGGCUCCCGGCGGUGUCCAGAAUACGCUCUACCUUGUAGCUGCUGAACACGCCCUGAAGCGGGGUGGACGCAUUGUCCUCAGCGGCGCUUUUGGUGGUGUCGAGGUCUCCUAUAUCUCCAUGAUACUCAAGAAGCUCAAGAUUGAGGGAACUUGGAUGUGCAACCGUCAAUCUAUGGAGCGUCCUAUCCGUAUGGUAGAGGAUGGUCAUAUCAACCCAGGGCCCAGAAGUGGCAUCCAGGUCCAGCGAUUCGAACUGGAUGAAGUGUAUCAGGCCGUGGAGAAUGCUGAGGCGACAACCCCUUGGAGAAACAUCACUAUCAUCGCCUAG